AACCAAUUUCAAACUACACACUAUCCAUUCUUCUCAAGAAACAGAGAUGGUAAUAAUUAAGAGAUGGCGACCUAACAAUGGAGACCGAAACAGAGCAGUCUGCAUUCUAUAUAUUGGGUUCAAAGCCCUCCAAUUUCCAAACCAGUGAUAGAUGAAGUAAGAACCCUUUGACUCCAUAUACGCUCAAGUAUAGACCGGUCUGAAGCUAUAAGAAAAGGAUAGGAUACCUUUUCUUCUCCAAAGAAAUCAAGGACUUAUCAGCUUCUGCUGUCUGCAAGAGAAAUUAACAAGUAAUCUCACAAUGGAAGCAUUAGCCUCGUCUUCAUUCUAUUAUGAUAUGGGAUUGGAUCACAGUUUCUUGGAUCAAUGGGAGUUUGCUGCAUUCGACGACGUACAACUCUCACCCUCUUCCGAAAGCCAUAGCUCAUACGCAGAAUUGAGAGCCCAAAAGACGACGGCUAAAACCAGCAGCUGGAGUUCUUCCUCCACCACCACCGAGGCUGAGCUCAACUCUGCUCCGCUGCGGGAUGCGGCGGCGGCAAUAUCAGGCCCGAAGAUUCUAUCGUUCGGCCACCCCGAUUCGACCUUCCACAACAAUCUUGCGGCCGCGGCGGAAGUGAUUCCCAAAUGGGGCUCGAAGAGGAGUUACGAUGCCAUGGUCGGAGCAGCCGGCCCCAAGACAGGCAGGGCGGCCUCUAACAAUCAGGAGCACAUUUUGGCGGAGAGGAAGCGACGGGAGAAAAUUAGCCAGCGGUUUAUCGCUCUCGCUGCGAUUGUUCCAGGCUUAAAGAAGAUGGACAAGGCUUCUGUUCUCGGGGAUGCCAUCAAGCACCUGAAGCAGCUACAGGAGAAGGUGCGGUCUCUGGAAGAUCAAGUUGCAAAAAAGAGCAUCGAGUCCGCAGUGCUUCUGAACAAGUCUACUCAUUUAAUUUCUAACGUUAACGACGAUGAUACCUCGUUCGCUGACGAGAGCCAUGGCGAGUCUCUUCCACAGAUCGAAGUAAGAGUAUGCGAUAAGUCCAUAUUGAUCAAGCUUCAGUGCGAAAACCGAAAAGGAGCAUUGGUGAGAGCCAUUUCUGAGAUCGAGAAACUUCAUCUCUCUGUGGUCAGCACAAGUGUCAUGGCUUUCAGUGGUUCCUCUCUCGACAUCACCGUAAUGACUCAGAUGGAUGAGAAAUUCUCCAUGACAGCCAAAGAUUUGGUGAAACAGUUGUGCUCAACUUGCAGAUAAUUCAAGUGACGAAGUAGAUCGAAUGGAUAUUUCCAUUUUAACCAGCUCAUUUGUCGUCUAGUCUCUGAAGAUGAUAAGGAUUGCUAACUCCCAGAGAAAUCAAUCACCACCAUUUUUUUCAUCUAGUUUUUGCUGCUUAAUUGGCUUUUUUCUAUUUUUUUCAGUUGAUAAUUUUCUCCUUUUCUCACAUCUCCAUCUUUGAUUAAGCUUUGUCUGCCGUUCUCUACUAUUUUUUCUAGAAACCUUCUUGGGGAAGUUGACUUUUCAUAACCUUUUCUUAUCUUCCCCUUAAUUAAAGGCUUUCUAGUUCCAUGAAUCAAGCUUGGCUUUGAGAUAAAAAAGGAGGUGUUUUUUUUAAUCUCUGGGAAAUAACAAUCUCUAUUUUUGAAUUGAAAUAUCCUUUUUUUAGGCUACAUAUAACUAUUUCUUACUUGUAUUUUUCUUUGGGAUCUUGUAAAAGUUCGGUUGAAUAAUAAAAUAAAUAUUUGAGAAGGCUAUUUCAUUUC